GACUGAAAAGACUAUCAGCCGCCACAGCGGUGGGCUAGGAAUUGGGUUCUAUUUUAUCACUAUCACCUUUUUUUCUUCAUACCUACUUUUGCUUUUUAUCUACAUGGUAAGGAGCAGCUUACCGCGUUGAUCUAGCUGCUUGCUUGCUUCUUGCUUACCUUCUUUUAUAUGGACUCUCCUUCUAUGCCGGAUUUGCUAUAUUUGUUAUCUCUGCUUUAUCGCAACCAUAUCUUGUCAGAUCCGAGUCUAAGUAGCCAGUAGUCUUCCUACUUCUCCAUCUGUCCUAAUUCUUCUACCUUGUCUCGUUUAAAAUCUGCGUCGAAAGCGUCUAUGCUCUGCGUAUCUUGUUUUAUAUGAGCUAUUUACUUGAGAAUAUCCGACGACAACGACGACGACGCAUAUGUACGACCUAUUACCACGUUUAACGACUCGCCUUAUGUUGUACAUGCUCCGCGACGGUGGCUGUAUUUGAGAAAUAUAUUCUUUUCCGUCUGAUUAGUUUGGGGAAUUUGGAAUGAGAUAAUAUAUCGAGUGGCGCUCCAAAAUAUGGCUGUAAUGUACGACGAAGUCCCCCAACACGAUAACGAUGACGACGAUCGAAACCACGGCGAGUCGCCUUCGAUGUCACUUUCUCCGGCACUCUCAUCGUCGCCCAUGCCUUUCCUCCCAUCCGUCGAGUCGACUUUUACUCCUUUAUCGAUGAACAGCGAAUUCUACUCAGGAGUAGGCUUAGGGACUGAAGGUGGAGAGGUCCGCGAUUUGGUCGGGAGCAAUUCUCAAAAGAGGGAGAGCCACAAAAAGGCCGACAGCACGGCCACGAUAAGGACCAGGGUUAGCGUUAGCAUCGGCAGCAUGGUCCAAUCAUUGACGCCAGCACGAGCCACCGGUAACCAUCGUAACGAAUACGGUCUCGUGUCUCCUGAUACCGCACCCUCUUCCCCUUCUUUUAGCCCAAUCCCAGACAAACCUAGUCCGAGUCUAGAAUCCAUCCAAGUCCUUAAGAGAGACCUGACUUCUAAAUAUGCUGAAAUUAAUCAACGCGACUCGAAAGCACCGGGUAGCAUCCCGGUAGGGGAGUCGCAGAUAAAGGAUAUAUCGCAUCAACAUCAACACCAGCAAGAUUCCCAACAUCCCUUUAUAGUCAAACCGAAACCACUUGUUCGUACUGCGUCUACGAAAAGCGUAUCUCUACGUCAUCCUACACCCGAUUUGAAUACGCGGUCAUCGUCCUACGCAACUAAUAUCGCCCAGUUGGAGGCUACGGCUGAGAAGCUUUCGAUGACAUCGUCCAUCGAGGACGCCAUUCGUGAUCUACAUGAAGAACAGAAACGCAACGAUAGCCGAAGAUCCUCAAUCCUAGCUGCAAGCAUAGGCUCAAUCCCUGAGAAUAACGAAGCUGUCUCCUUCCCUGCUACGAAGCCCUUGUCCACUGCUGGCUCCAUUUUCGAAACUAAUAGUGCUGCACGCUACGGUGGUUACUCACCAGCCGGUUUUGUUAUGUCGCCAAACCCUUCUCUGCUGUCUAAUCCAACACGGAUGAGGUCCGGCUCGGGUCCGCUGUCGAGACCAGAGUCCGAAGUUGGCAACGUCAUGUCGAGACAUGGUCCCGGAAAGAGUUCUGUACGAAGCGCCAAGUCAACUUCCAAGCCGACUUUGACGGACAUUGCUGAGAUGGAGCCUACCACUCUUACCCCGGCGGCUAUGGAUGAGGCAGACAGGUUGGCUGAGAAGCCGGAGGUAGACGAGACGUUACAUAUACCACCGAUGGAGGAUGUUGAUCUUACUCCUAACGCCGAGCAAUAUGGAACCUACGAUUACUGGGACCAAGCUGUUGCCGAGGCGCAAAAUGACAAUAGACAACAUGGUAAUAAUGGCAGACCUCCGACUCCUACCGGGUCAACGGGCACUUACGAGCAGGCGGAGAGAGCCUUUGCUGACUUUGACGGAGCUCAUUGUCCGUCUGACGUCGAUGCAGAGGAGUCCUUAUUCUUGCCCUCGCUCAACGGUCCAUCUACAGAUGUCGCUUUCCUGCGACCCUUUGAUCUGGAUCCAUCGAGGGGUGAUGAUGAAGUGGGUAAUUCAAGGCCUACCAUAUCAGGACCAGUCGGCCCACCGACCGUUAGGCCAAAGUCCUACUUAGAUCCUGAAACCGGCAACACCAUGCUUUACUACCCGGCGCGAGUCCCGUUGAUGCUCAAUCUCCCGCAGAAACUGUCUAAGAAACCGAAGUCGGAAUCCCGGGAUGCACGUAGGUCACAGCUCCCGGACAAGUUAACCGGAGUUGAUCACAAAUCUGGUGCCGGUUGGUUACCAGAGUAUCUACCAGAGCCUGCGUUCGAGCCUUUAGGGUCGAAAUCCGAAUCAAGCAUCCCUGCACCUCUUACUGGUACCGACGCCGAGUCGCAGAUGCGACCUGCUUCGGAUGGUCAAAACGAGUUCCAGGUCCAGCCCCAAUCUGACCAGGCACAAGCAGACGACGCUGCUCGUAAGUCUCGCGUAUCUAUGCUUGAUUCCGAAAAGCGAAAGUCGAAGGUGCCUAACCUAGACGGGCUACCGCCGCAAUUACGUGCCAGUGCCUUUUUCGACCUUCCUUCCGAGCUACCUACGAUCCAGCUCAAAGAUGGAUCUGCAAUGGCUACUUUGGACAGUAUUCUAGACGCAUCCGCUAAGGCGCCUGUUUCGGCCUUCACGGACCACGCCUUUGCAGGAUCCUUAGGAUCAGAAGUUUAUGGAACUGAUAAGAAACGCAAGUCACACCUUAAGCGUGCGAGCGCUACUGAUUUGUUAGAGCCCAAGAAGCGCAGUUCGUUUUUGCACCUCAGAAAACCAAGCGCUCUUGGUAAACAUUCGGAAUCCCCAGAAGAGCGACGCAAUACUAUUGCUGGAGGCACGGGAAUGGACGAGAUCAUGAAACACGGGGGCGAACAAGAUGAAGCGAAACAACGGCUGUCCGGCUCUGUGGAGGGCGACGCAGUGCCUAAGCCAGCCGAAGAAGAAGAAGAUGAAAGCGAAGAGGAACCGCUCUAUAAUGGCCCCCCAACAACUUUGUUAGCCGAGCUCCAGAUUCGAAAGCAGCAGCAGAAGCUUCGCACUCGACCUGUCGCUACGGCUUAUCCUAAUGGUAUGCACUCCACACUACUCGAAAUGGAUACCGUUGCCCAGAUUGAGCACAACGCCCGCAAAGGCAAAAAAGUAAAUCUUGCUUGGGAGGAUCCGAAUACAGGUCCAGCCGAUGAUUCGGACGAUGAAGAUACACCAUUAGGGUUGCUCGCGGUCGCAAGGGGGCAAGGCAACGACAUAGCAGCCGCUAUCGCCGAGAUUAACCGGCCACUUGGCUUGAUGGAACGGCGUGAUAUGGAAGACAACGAGCCCUUGAGUCGACGACGUGAUCGACUUCAAGGGAGAGAAGUCGGACCAAUGAAGAGGCCGAGCAUGAUGACACUUGGCCAAGGUCUCCAUAACACGAAUGGUAGUCUCAGAGCACCCAGCCUACAACUUCACGUACAUACCCCAGAGGAAGAAGACAUCGAGGGCGAAACGCUGGGAGAACGCAUGCGGCGCUUGAAGGCCCGCGAGCAAGCCGAUAACCCCCUUCCUCAAGCUAGACCAGUUAGCUCGUCAUUUUCAGCUGAACUUCUAAGCCAGCUAGGUGAUGCAUUCAAGGAGAGCGAAAGCGGUAACAAAGGUCCAGAUAAGCGAGAACCUCAACCAAAGGAGGAAGAAGAGACGUUAGGUCAGCGGCGUCGUCGUUUGCAAGUAGAGCGGGAAGCCUCUGAUCGCGGAAUGACCGCUGCCUUACUCUCGGACGGAGUCAAUAACGCACCGAAACUUACGAAGAGACACUCGCUUGCCGAUGUCCUUGGUACGCAAGGAUCAAAGAUCGUCUUGACCGAUCCUAGGGCGCAAGCAGAGAGAGCAAAGCAAGAAGAGGCUUUCCGAUAUAGACAAGAUCAAGACCAGAAGCUAGCUGUCCUUCGCAGCCAGAUGCCCUCUAACCUAAGCACGCCUAAUUUGAAUCGGCCCGGAGGUUACAUGGCUGGCCGGUUCAACGAUGGUACCGGCGGUGGAACUGGCCAUCUACGAACCAGCACAGCCUUAAGCGGAUAUACUAAUCAAGACAUAGGUGUUGGCGGCGGCAUUGGGAGUGGAAGGAUGACUAGCGGGAUGAUGGGAGCACCGGCCGUAUAUAGUGCCCAGGUAAAUACUCCUUACGGCGUGCAAAUGCAGGCACCUGGUCAAAUGGAUAGAGUAGAACGGUGGAGGCAGAGCAUUCUGCCUUGAGGGGGUUUAUCUAUCCCGUUUUGCUGAACAUAUUCCGCGAAACUCU